AUGUCUUCGCUAUCGGAUUUCGACUCGGCUUAUAUGAUGGCCUCUCUGGGCUUCCGCAGGUGCAUCCUCAGACGUCCUGUCAACCAAAAGACCGUUCUCUGGGCUAUCCGCGCAUCCGAAUCUAUCCUUAAGCAUGACAUUUCCCCUUCCAUGCGACAAGCCAUAAGUGAGGUUGCCUCCCAUGCUCAAAAAUGGAUGGAGACCGGUGAUGCCUCGCCGGCGGAACACAGCACCAUAUCCAACUUCAUAACCCAGGUUGACACCUAUUUCACGAUAUGCCAUCCGGAAAUCCACAUGAUUGAAAAGGUCUCGCGCAUUGCACGGAAGGCUGCGCAGCUUACGGACAAAAACCCCAGCCUCUCCCAUCUUUAUUCUAUGUUGUUUGAAUAUAUGGAUGUGAUGGUGCCUAUUUCAAGAAUCCUAAAAUGCACAGAAUGCUUCGGUCCAGACGCAUAUAGCGCUAGCCUGCCAAUAAAGGAUGAUAGUAUGUUUUGGAUAAGAGUCAAGCAGGGACUGUUAUUCAACGAGAGCACCAGACAAUGGCUUCCCUUAAACUACAUUCCGCUGGGCAACCAUCAGAUAUCCGAUGAACCAACAAUCAAGGAUUGUCGUCGCAUCAGGGCAUGGCUUCUCCGAGCAUGCUAUAUUGUGGGCUGGGACAUUAAGGAUAUAGAGUGGCAGAUAAUCAACUACUCUACUUUCCUUGAAACCCCUUGCGGCCCCAGGAUGCUCUUUCGCACCGGUAGAUGGUCUCAUCUUGCAAUGCACACUGUGCGAACACGGAAACACCUUUCGUUGCUCAAUUAUACCUCUGGGUCGUUCCAAGGAUUUGUAGAGAUUGGCCCCUACGCAAGUCGGAUCAUUGACUUGGUAGAGAAGAAGUGGUUCAGUUCAUUGAGUGAUACGGGGGAAUGCGAGUUCAGCGAUGCUGUACUGUCUAUGGAUACAGCCUGGCAGAAGGAAGAUAAAUCCACCACCGCUAUGUGCAAGAAUUUUCGACAGAUGCAACUGUUUGACCAUUCCCAACUGAUCAUUACCGAACCGCUCAUGCGCUCAUGCCCUUUUGGAUAUGGCACCAAGAACGAGUCUCUCAGAAAGCUAAUAAAAGAUGACGAGUCUGAUGAAGACGAAGCCAUGCUUAAUUAA